UGUGUUUUCACAGAUGCAGACGUUCAUCUGACUCUUAAAUGCUUUCUUUGAAUUUCAGCUUGCAAACUGGUUUGCAGCUCUGUUCUGGGAGAAGCCCUGCUGGAGUUAGUGGCGCUACCUGUUGCAGCAGUGUUGCUGAUAAACAGCCUUGUAAUCCUCUGAGUCAUAACAUAUGAAAUAAGAGUGAGCGUUUUAUAAAUGCAGGAGUAGCUGUGUUGGCAAGCUUGUCCCUGCGUGCAGUCCAUUGGUGUGUGACACAAGGACAGAGCUGGCUUGAGGCUGCCUGUGCUGGAGGAUGGAUGGAGUGUCUGCCCACCCCCACUGAUGAUCACUGUGUCCCAUUCAGGAGGAUUUAAAGCAUCAUUGAAAGGGCACAUGUUAUGAAGGGUGUCCAUCCUCAGCCUUGCUCUAAUGUGGUUGACUGCAGAUCUCUUCUGUCAUGAUUACUGGUGAGGUUUCUGGCUGGCUGCAUCAUUUCACUUUCAAGGAGAUAAGAGGAGAGGAAUUGUGUAUCCUUUCAGCAGCCUUCUGUUAAACUUGGAAUACCACAGCUCAAGCACGUGAACAGAUGGAUAAUGGAGACUGGGGAUAUAUGAUGACUGAUCCAGUCACGCUAAAUGUGGGUGGACACAUGUAUACGACCUCCCUCACAACUCUAACGAGAUAUCCUGACUCAAUGCUCGGGGCCAUGUUCAGGGGAGACUUCCCCACUGCCAGGGACUCUCAGGGCAAUUACUUUAUUGACAGAGAUGGACCACUUUUCCGUUAUGUUCUUAACUUUUUAAGGACCUCAGAGCUCACUUUGCCACUGGACUUCAAGGAGUUUGACCUGCUCCGGAAGGAAGCAGACUUCUAUCAGAUUGAACCCUUAAUUCAGUGUCUUAAUGACCCCAAGCCGCUGUAUCCUGUGGAUACCUUUGAGGAGGUGGUGGAGCUGUCCAGCACCCGGAAGCUUUCCAAGUACUCCAACCCGGUGGCUGUGAUCAUCACGCAGCUCACCAUCACGACGAAAGUCCAUGCACUACUGGAAGGCAUUUCAAACCACUUCACCAAGUGGAAUAAGCACAUGAUGGACACCAGGGACUGCCAGGUGUCCUUCACCUUUGGGCCAUGUGAUUACCACCAGGAAGUGUCGCUCCGAGUCCAUCUCAUGGAGUACAUCACAAAGCAAGGCUUCACGAUCAGGAACACCAGAGUCCAUCACAUGAGCGAGCGUGCCAAUGAAAACACAGUGGAACACAACUGGACUUUCUGUAGACUGGCACGGAAAACAGAUGACUGAUUCUGACUCUGCAGGAGCCACUUCAGUGAUUAGCAACUUAAUUGGACAGUGAACCCAAGAGAGUCUGGAUUUUGACUAAAGCAACAAUAUGGGCUUUUUUUAUACGACUAUUUAUUGUUUAUCAGUGAGGACUGGAGGAGUUUCAUUCUCUAGCAGCUCUGUUCUUUUGUCCAGUUCAGAAAAAAAACCGUGCAUGUGCCUGUUCAGUCAAGACACCUUUUUGUUUGAAAGAGGGAGUCCGAAGAAUCAGUACAAUAGGGUAUUCUGUGUCAUUAACACAAUUCUCUGAACUCAACUCAAAGUGCUAAAAUUACCUCUUGUUUAAAUGGUUUCUAAUCCAUCUAAUGCUAUGACACUGGGAGCAAGAAACAAAAAAGAUUUUAAAAUGCAGUUGGGGAGAAGCUGCUAUUGUGUAGACUAAUUUAGUUUCUAAAUCAAUAAACAGUAUUUUAAUGUUCUAGGAAAACAAAUCCCACCCUUUAAAAGUACUUGGUAAGUACAGUUUCUUACAGUUAUGACAACUGUUUCUUUCUAUGCAUAUAAAUCAAGCAACCAAAUAUUAUCUGUAGCCAUGGAAAUAUGAUUACAAAUAUUUAUAAUGGAUUCUAAAUGCAAAAUGUCCCUGUGGUAGAAUUCAUAUUUUUAAUGCCUGGUGCAAUAUUAUUCCCAAGUGUAAUGCCUGCCAGAAGAAGCUAAUAAAAAUGUGACAUACAGAA